AAGUGCCUUCUAAGCUUCCAAUAAAUUCCGGCUGCGGAGUGUGGCUGCCCCAGUCUCCCCAGUCUCCUGCUGUAGCCGAAUUCCAGCCUGGCCCGCAGCUAGCCCUGUCUGCAGCUCCAAGGGUGGUAGGAGCAGGGGGUGCUGGGUUCGCCCCGCCUCAGGAGGAAGGGGGGGAUGCCUCCCUGCCAGUGGGAGGGGUUGCAGCCUGCGUUUCCCCUCCCCACCCACCAGCCCUGGGUUAAAUGCGGCCGCCGCCUCUGCGUGCUCCAGCUGCCUGGCAGUCCUCACCUAGGGCACGCUGCCACAUCGUUACCUGGUCCAAGUGCCCGGGAGGCUCCGCCUGUCGGCUUCGCUCUGCAGUUGCAUCUCUGAUCUGUCCGGCAGGCUCAGGCUCUGACAGCUCCAUUCUCUGUCCCCAAGCGCCAUGAGAGGCCUUCUUUGCUGGCUGGUGUUGCUGUUUCUUCUUCAGCCCUGGGAAAGCCAGCUCCAGUUGGCAGGUCCCAGGUGUCACACUGGGCCCCUGGAUCUGGUGUUCGUGAUUGACAGCUCCCGCAGCGUGCGCCCUUUCGAAUUCGAGACCAUGCGGCAGUUCCUCGUGGGCCUCCUCCGAGGCCUGAACGUGGGUCCCAACGCCACGCGCGUUGGCGUGAUCCAGUAUUCGAGUCAAGUGCAGAGCGUCUUCCCUCUCCGUGCGUUCUCGCGCCGCGAGGAUAUGGAACGCGCCAUCCGUGACCUGGUGCCGCUGGCGCAAGGCACCAUGACGGGACUGGCAAUCCAGUACGCCAUGAACGUGGCCUUCAGCGUGGCCGAGGGCGCGCGCCCGCCAGAGGAGCGUGUGCCGCGCGUCGCUGUCAUCGUGACAGACGGGCGGCCCCAGGACCGCGUGGCCGAGGUGGCGGCACAGGCCCGCGCCCGCGGCAUUGAAAUUUACGCGGUGGGGGUGCAGCGCGCGGACGUGGGCUCCCUGCGCGCCAUGGCAUCGCCCCCGCUAGACGAGCACGUCUUCCUCGUAGAGUCCUUCGACCUCAUCCAGGAGUUCGGCCUGCAGUUCCAGAGCCGGCUGUGUGCCAUUGACUACUGCAGCUUUGGCAACCAUAGCUGUCAGCAUGAGUGUGUUAGCACCUCUGGUGGGCCACGGUGCCACUGCAGAGAGGGCCAUGACUUGCAGCCCGAUGGGAGGAGCUGUCAGGUCCGGGACCUUUGCAAUGGCGUGGACCAUGGCUGUGAGUUCCAGUGUGUGAGCGAGGGCCUCUCCUACCGCUGCCUGUGCCCCGAGGGGCGGCAACUUCAGGCAGAUGGCAAGAGCUGCGACCGGUGCCGGGAAGGCCACGUGGACCUUGUUCUGCUGGUUGACGGCUCCAAGAGCGUGCGUCCACAAAACUUCGAGCUGGUGAAGCGCUUCGUGAACCAGAUUGUGGACUUCCUAGACGUGUCCCCCGAGGGCACGCGCGUGGGACUGGUGCAGUUCUCGAGCCGCGUGCGCACCGAGUUCCCUCUGGGUCGCUACGGCACCGCAGCCGAGGUGAAGCAGGCGGUCCUGGCUGUGGAGUACAUGGAACGCGGCACCAUGACAGGGCUGGCGUUGCGGCACAUGGUGGAGCACAGCUUCUCAGAGGCACAGGGUGCGCGGCCCCGUGCCCUCAACGUGCCUCGCGUUGGCCUGGUCUUCACAGAUGGCCGCUCCCAGGAUGACAUCUCGGUGUGGGCAGCGCGUGCCAAGGAGGAAGGCAUCGUCAUGUAUGCCGUGGGCGUGGGCAAGGCGGUGGAGGCGGAGCUGCGUGAGAUCGCCUCGGAGCCAGCUGAACUGCACGUGUCCUACGCCCCCGACUUCGGCACCAUGACGCCCCUGCUGCAGAACCUCAGAGGCAGCAUCUGCCCAGAGGAGGGCAUCAGCGCAGGGACAGAGCUUCGGAGCCCAUGCGAAUGCGAAAGCCUCGUGGAGUUCCAGGGCCGCACUCUGGGGGCGCUCGAGAGCCUGACGCUGAACCUGGCCCAGCUGACGGCGCGCCUGGAGCAUCUGGAGAACCAGCUGGCCAACCAGAAGUGAGGGCCACGGGCGGCCCAGACUCAGGCUGGGGCGCGGCACCAUGGACAGUGCGCCGGGGCCAGACAGAACCUGGGCCCGUCGCACUUGGGCUGUCGGGGCGGAGGCGCUGGCGGGCUUCCGACACUGAGCUGAGCUGGCCUCGCCCGGACCAUUAGGCGGACUGCUGGGCCAGGGGGAUAGCGGGUGGUGGCGGAAGGGGCACGUGCUAGACCGGCAUGCCCUCGCCGCGUGCUGCGCUCAGUUCUUUGUUGGAUUUAUUUGUUUUCUUAAAAAAAAAAAAGAAAAAGAAAAAAAUCUGAUUUCCACAGG